UACAAUAUAAACAAAAUCUAAAAAACAUCGGAAGACAUUUUUUGCUUAAAAAAAAAAAGGUGUUACUUUCGCAUACACAUGGAGACUUUUAGGACACCCUGUAUAAUAUCUCUGCAACAAUACACCGUCGCGGUGUUUGGAAAUCUAACAGACAGGCACAAAACCUCUGGAAACAUCACAUUUUGAUUUCAGAUGCACUUUUCUUGUUGACAUUUUUAGAGCUGUUUUUAGCUUUUUUGCCAACACUGGACACAAGACAUGAUGUUAGCAUAACAUACUGGUUUUCCCUCAUUAUUAUUAUUAUUAUUAUUAUUAUUACAUGUAAUGAGUGUGUCCAGAUUUUUUUUCUGUAUCUAUGUACACCAAAAACAAACCAAAACAAAAGAACUCCUGAAAACAGGAGGGAAGUAGCACUAAUAUUUAUUUUUUUUUCCUGGCGUCUGUCUCUUUAAUAAGCUCACACGUUAUCUAGUAUAACAAAUGUCUAGCUGCCAUCAUCAAGUCCAGCCGAGGCAGGAGGGAGGAGUUUUUUUUUUUUUUUUUUUAAUAAUGUUCAGUUUGUUCUCGGGAUCGAUGUUCGCGGGCAUCGCCUCACCGUGUCUGAACCCAGCGCGAUAUUCUCUUACACACGGACGCUUUCUUUCUGUCCUCGUCACUCGGUUCGCUCACUAACCGAAUCCGGCGUUUUGACAGGCGCUCGUCCUUUUGGCUUUUGAGAGGGGGAGAAAGAGAAACGGAAAGAAAAAGAAGAAAGGGGGGAGUGAGUGAGAGAGAGAGAGAGAGAGAGAACGAAAGAAAAGCGGUCCGCCAUAGAUCCGAGAAGGCGAAAGAGACACCCCUGUCCUGACACCUGAUUUGACAAGACAGCGUCUCUGAUACUGGGAUUGUACAGGAGGAGAGGAGUGCGGUUACAGCGUUAGAGAAGAACACUGGCUCUUCUGGUCGCUUGUUUGUUUGGUUUCUUCUUCUUUUUACGGACUAUUUGAGAAACCUGAAGUCCACACCUAGACCAAAUUUGAAGUACGAGUUGAGAAAAUGCCGAGGAGGAAGCAGCAGGCGCCGAAGCGGGCUGCGGGUAAGGAGCAGACUGACACCUAUCAUUCUUCUUCUUCGGCUGCUCUUCUUCUCCUCCUCCUUUCCUCUUCAAACCUCCACGGCUUUCUUUUUUCUUUUCUUUUCUUUUUUUUUUUUUGUUCCCCCACACCAAAACGCUUUGUUUUCCUCACGGUCCACAUCUUCAUUUCAAAGUAUAUAGGUUCUACAGGGUGAAGUGAAGGAAAAGUAUUGAAAUGUGUUGUAAAAAAUGUCCAAACGCGGGUUUUUUUUUUUUUUUUUUUUGUUUAUACUUGUUAAGCUAAUGGGUGAACGGCUCGCGCGCGGGUUUGUUUAUACUUGUUAAGCUAAUGGGUGAACGGCGCGCGCGCGCGGCUUCUCGGCAGGUCUGAGGCGAUGUGGUGGAUUUUGAAGUGAUUCCUGGGUCAAAUCGGAAAGUGUAUGAGCCAGAUGAUGAUGUUGGUGCCCCUGAACCAGUGGCAGAAGAGGAGGGAGGAAAUGACAUGCAGAAUGAAGAUGAGGGGUCUGAAAAGACCAGCGCUAAGAUUCCUGAGGACAAGGAAACGGACAACAAGAGCAGCUACAGCUUCCAGAAUUCUCCUGUAAGUGUCUUGUCCAACCAGGAGGUCGAACUGGAGUCCCGUCUGAGUGAUGGCAGUGAUAGACUAUCUGACUUCAAGGCCUCUUCCCCACCAGAGAGCCUGAGGGACAAUGAGAAUCAUGGUUCAAAACCCAAAGAUGAGAUGUACAGUAGCCUUGAGAAAAUGAGGGCAACUUAUGUCAACUUCCUCUCAGACUCCUACUGGACAAAUAUUGGACUAGACCUUAAGGUUGGUAACACCGGCAGCAAGCCAAACUGCGACAGCUCCAAUGCAAGCACUAAGCGUGAGUUCGACUGGCAUCAGGAUGCACUGUCCAAAACUUUACAGCAAACACUGUCCCCAAAACCUGUGUCUAAGCCCAACCUGUUCAGCUCUGUGCACCUGUACAGACAAAGCAGCAAAGCAUGUGGUACAGUGUUCACAGGGGCCAGUCGCUUCCGCUGCAAAGACUGCAGUGCAGCAUAUGACACCUUGGUAGAAUUGACCGUGCAUAUGAACAAGAGCGGUCACUACCAAGAUGACAACCAUAGCAGACAAGGGAUUGCCUCCACUUCAUCUUCCAAAAGUCGGAAGAGGAACCUACAAGACAUGGAAGGCAAGGAGGAUGCCCAAAAAGUGCUGAAAUGUAUGUUUUGUGGCCAUUCUUUUGACUCUCUCCAAGACCUAAGUGUCCACAUGAUUAAAACUAAACAUUACCAGAAAGUGCCUUUGAAAGAACCUAUUCCAGUAAUCACUCCUAAAUUAGUUCCACCAACAAAGAAGCGUGCCUUUGAAUCUACAAGGCCUUGUUCCCCCGACUCCACCACCGGUACUAUAGGCUACAGUGAAGCCCAGAGGUCAUCUGGUCUUACAAACGCUCCAAACAACCGUUAUGGCUAUCAAAAUGGUGCUAGCUACACAUGGCAGUUUGAAACAUGCAAAUCCCAGAUUCUAAAGUGCAUGGAAUGCGGAAGUUCACAUGAUACCCUUCAACAGCUGACCACUCAUAUGAUGGUCACUGGUCAUUUCAUCAAAGUGACAAACUCCGCAUCCAAGAAGGGUAAACAGUUAACUCUUGAUCCAUUAGCAUUAGAGAAGAUGCAGACACUAGCGGAACCCACUUGUAAUGAAUCUGAGGGGCAGAAGGCCUCGCCAAAAACUACUGCCUCUGGGGAUUCUCAGAAAAUGUCCCCAAAGGUAAAGAAACCUGACCAAGAAGAAGAGAGAAGUAAGGAUGAGCAGCAAGAUGGGGCAGAUCAAAAGUGUACUGAUGCUAGUUUUAAAUAUCCAUACCUACGAGAGGAGGACCUGGAACAAGGGGCCAGUGGAGGGGGCGAUAUACUGAAGUCUUUAGCCAACACAGUGGCUACAGCAAUUAAUAAGGCACAGACGGGGACACCCAGCUGGAGUGCUUACCCCAGCAUACAUGCAGCUUACCAGCUAUCAGGUGUAAUUAAGAGCGCCCCUCUUUCUGCGUCUCCCCCCAUACAGGUUAAACAGAAUCACAGCCACAGAUUGAGGCUCAUUGCCCCCAAAGGAAAGUUUUAUCAGGGACUUCGAGGACAUGAGACUUUCCAGGGACAUCACAAUCCAGACAUCAAAAAGGAGAGGGGAGGUGUAUCUGAUGACAAAGAGAGCCAGAACAGCAAGUUUGAUCUGGCAGAGAAUGAUGACAGUGAUUGUCAGGAUGAUUCCUCUUCCUCUUCAAAGCUGGAUGCAGACUGUGUAAGUGAAGGGAAUGACACGAUCAAAGGGAAGUUGAGCCCAGCUUUCUCUGACACAGCCAACCCUUCACCAAGCCCUCCUGCCAGCAAUGGGCACAGCAGUUCCUCAGACCUUGUCAGCGACUCUCAGGAAGUCCCUACUAUAAACCCUUUAAGUGCACUACAGUCUGUCCUGAACAAUCAUUUGGGGAAGGCAAAUAAGCCAAGGCAAGAGGGUGUUCUGUCUCAACGUAUCCAACCUAUAUUCUCAGAACUAAGCCGAGGCCUUGAGAAACCUGGCUCAGUGCUCACGUCCUCUGCUGUAAUCAGGGCCAACAGCAACUUCAUCUUCACAAAUAAUGACCAGCCAAUAGACUUAACAAAAAACAAACACAAACUGAGUUCCUCUCUCUCGUCACAAUCCUCCACUCCUAUGCCUCAGAAACAUGCACUGUCUGACAUUGCUGAUAUGGUAAAGGUUCUUCCCAAAGCCACAACGCCAAAGCCCUCAAUACCAUCUAGAGUGCCUGCGAUGAAACUGGAGUCAGACGUGAGGCGGUUCGAAGACGUAUCCAGUGAGGUGUAUUCUGUCCACAAACGUAAAGGCAGGCAAUCAAACUGGAACCCUCAGCAUUUGCUCAUUCUUCAAGCCCAGUUUGCUUCCAGUCUCUUUCAGACCUCCGAGGGCAAGUAUCUUCUCUCCGAUCUUGGUCCUCAAGAACGGAUGCACAUCUCCAAGUUUACCGGACUCUCAAUGACUACCAUCAGCCACUGGCUAGCCAACGUUAAAUACCAACUUAGGAAAACAGGUGGGACCAAAUUUUUAAAGAACAUGGACACGGGCCAUCCGGUCUUCUACUGCAACGACUGCGCGUCGCAGUUUCGAAUGCCGUCCGCUUUCAUAUCCCAUCUUGAAUCCCAUCUUGGCUUUCAGAUCAAAGACAUGAGCAAACUGCCAGUCGAGCACCAGACAAAGGUAGCAGAGCCUGAACUGGCGAAAGCUUUCAGUGUUAGAGUGACAGAAGCACUGGUGACAGAAGAAGACAUUGACUCGAAAUUCAAAUGCAAGCUUUGUAGUCGGACAUUCGCCAGCAACCAUGCGGUCAAACUUCACUUGAGUAAAACUCACAGCAAAUCUCCAGAGAAUCAUUCACAAUUUGUUGAAAUGGACAAAGAGUAGCUUGGUUGGUUUCUACUAUAUAUAGUUUUGUUGUUAAUAAUUGUAAUUGCUCUGCUUUUCUAUAUAAAAAAAAUAAUAAUAAUAAUAACGGGUGAAAAUUAUUUUUUUCAUGUUACAUGUAGCAUUAAGUAGUAUGCUCAUCAAUUUAAACUGAAACAUUUCAUCAUGUUAAGGACAAAUGGACACUGGCUGGAUUUAGAAGGAAGUGUAAGUAAAUGCAUUGCAAAAGAUUCUGAAAUGAAUCCAUUGACAUAAGUCUUUGCACUCUGCUCAAUUGCAUCACCAGUAAUGAACUGUAUUAUUGCUUGAAACAUAACUGCUGAUGUUUGCAUGCGAUAGCUCUGGCUAUGACUAUUUAUUUGUAUGAUAUGGCAAGUUUUAAUUGUAAUACUUUUAACAGCAAAUUGAUGAUGCAUUAACUAUAAGCUCUGAUGAUGCACCUGAGUUGACGAAUGUUCAAACAGGUAGCCAAACACACAUUUCCACCAAAAAAAAAAAAAAAAAUUUAAAAAAAAAAAAAAAAAACCCAAAUAAAAAAAUUAUAAUAAUAAAUGGGGGGGGGAGAAAGAAAAAUAAAUGUACAGUACAUUAUUCUGUAAAAUAUUUGUGUUGCAAUGAUAGAACAGAAAAGCACUUUAAUAAAUGUUUAAUCACCAGUUUAGGCUCAGAUUCGGUAUGUGAGUUAACAGAUUUAGACAACUUUGACAUAAAGAUGUCUCACAUCGAUGUGUAUAUAUAGCACUGCAGAAAAAUGUGUCUCAUCAAACCGAGGAUAGUGAGACAGAACGUACUGCACCUUUUAUACCAGUAAAAAAAUAAAUCAUUAACAUUUUUCUACCUGCCUUCCUGCAUUUAUUUUGCGUACGGCACCAAUCUUAUGAGUUGUUUUCAGGGGGAAAUAAAUGAAGACUUUGGGGGAAAAUAAUUUGGACAAUUGCUCAAUGAACAUUUCUUGUGUUGUUUUGGCUCUCGUUUUAGCACAUUUUACUGGUUUGUUGGCCUGGUAUGUGGCAUAAUGACGAUCCAUUAAUGCAUAAAAAAAAAAAGCUAUUAACGCUAUUAACCAAAAAAGAAAGGAAAAAAAAAAUUCCUGGUACAAGGUUAAAUACACACUUGAAAUUUUAGCUACAUGCAGAUUACAAUGGAAGGCCAUAGUGGUUAUUUCAUUUCCACCGAAUAUUUUUUUUUACCACUAAUAUCUUAGAUAUGCUAAUGAACCUUCAUUUCAUUACUGCAUAUGCUAUGAGCCGUGCCUAUAUCAUAACAAUUAAAAAUAUCUCCCUCAGCCUCUCUCGUUUUAGAGCUAUUAAAGAAUAAUUACCGUCUAAGUACAUAAACAAUUAAUGUUUUUUUUUUAUUAUUAUUUCUUUUCUUUUUUUUUCCCCCUACCAGUCAAGUCCUCAAUUACUACUCCCUAUCAUAUCUGUUUUAUAACUGCCAACUGACAUUUGAUGGGAAAUGGGAGGAAGCAUCUGUGCUUUGGUGAUUUGAGCAUUCUGACACCAACUCGCCCUCCACUGCUGAAAACGAGGAGGCAAUCACGCCGUUCAUCAGACGACUCCUAAUGCAGUUCUAGUGUUCAGCAAUAAUUCCACCUUGCAUUUAUAAUUGCAGGCAUAGAUCCCACACCUCAGUGCACAGAUUAAAGCCAUAAAUUAUUUAGUGCCUUGCUUCGCCAAUGGAUCCACAAUUCCCCUCUGUCAAGGCAUUAUCCUUCAGCUUAGCAACUUCUUUUCAAAUGGAAGCCAGAGGAUGAUUUAAGAUAUGGUUGAAUAAUAUGACAAAAUAAAUGCGAUAUUCCGGCCAUUUGUGUUCCUUAAUUAAAACCGAGAGUCUCUGAAGUGGCUCGUCAAAUGGAAGUGUGCCGUGACUGCAGUAAGUCACAGCCGAGUCAUUUAGCCUUUUGCGCUUAAUGGGGAAAUUUUAAAUGACCACGCUAGUGGAUGGGCAUUUGUGGCAUGAGGGCAUUUGAAAUGGCUUUUGGAGGUAGCAGCUCAAUGUCAGCGAUUCGCAUUAAGCCAUAGAAAGAAUAUCCUUUCAUCAAUGUACUCAGGGCUAGGAAAUUAGCUGUUUCUAAUAUUAAUUCAGGCCAAUAAUUCAAAGUCAUUCGAGAUUUAUUGCCACAUUAAAGGCGAGCUUGAAUCGGAUGCACAAUCAUGAGCUAAAACAACCCAACAAUUAAUUGUGCCUCAUAUGUUUGCGCACAAGGGGGGGAGGACUAAACAAAUAAAUAAAAGUGCUGAUUAUGAUACUAACAGCACCAUCAUGCCUAAGAAAUAGAAAAAAAAAAAUUAUUAAUGUUGCAUUUCGAGAACCUAAUCUUUGCAUAUGUAAACAGCUUGAGAGUAUGUGCCCAUGCAUUUG